AUGACGACCGCAACGACGGAACCCUUUGUCGAUGAUCGCCUGGCAAAACGAAAUGCCGUGCUUCUGGCAUUGGCACAGGCACUCGGCGGAGCAUCGGCUUCCAUCGUGAUCGCGACGGGGCCGCUUAUCGGCUACAUGAUGCUCGAUGCGGACAAGUCACUCGCAACCCUGCCUGUAUCAACCAUGGUUCUAGGCACUGCGUUCGGUACGAUACCGGCCGGCAUGAUCAUGCGCAGGUUCGGCCGCAGGGCCGGGUUCACGGGAGCCGCAGUUCUCGGCGUGCUGUCCGGCCUGCUGGCAUCAUUUGCCGUCUUUCGCGACAAUUUCCUUUUGUUUGCACUGGCCUGCUCAAUAGGUGGCUUUGCCGGCGCGUUCGUUCAGCAGUACCGGUUUGCCGCUGCAGAUACAGCAAGUGAUGCCUUCAAGCCGAAAGCCAUUUCCUGGGUUCUGGCCGGAGGCGUUCUGGCGGGUGUCGUCGGGCCGCAGACGGUGAUCGCAACAAAGGACAUGUUUGCGCCGAUCCUGUUUGCCGGUACCUAUCUUGCGCAGGCAGGCCUCGGCCUCAUCGCGCUCUUCUUGCUUGCCUUCAUCAAGAUCCCCAAGCCGCCGCGCCGGAACAGGUCGCAUGCCGGUGGCCGCCCGCUGCUGCAAAUCAUGGCGCAGCCAAGGUUUAUUGUCGCGGCAGCCUGCGGGAUCUGCUCCUACGCGCUCAUGAGCCUGGUCAUGACGGCAACACCGCUCGCCAUGAUUGCCUGCGGCCUUACCGAAACCGACGCGGCGCUCGGGAUCCAGUGGCACGUGCUCGCCAUGUUCGGACCGAGUUUCUUCACCGGAAACCUGAUUGCCCGCUUCGGCAAGGAGCGCAUCGUUUCCAUCGGAUUGGCGCUGCUUGCAGGCUGUUCGAUCGUGGCACUGAUGGGGAUCGAAUUGGCACAUUUCUGGACCGCUCUUGUUCUGCUCGGACUUGGCUGGAACUUCGGUUUCAUCGGUGCAACGGCGAUGCUGACCGACACUUACCGGCCCGAAGAGCGCAAUCUGGUGCAGGCGGUCAACGAUUUUCUGGUCUUCGGAUUCGUUGCUGCUGCCUCGUUUUCAUCGGGAGCACUGCUGAAUGCUUUCGGUUGGGGAACGGUAAAUGUGCUGGUUUUUCCUUUUGUUGUCAUUUGCAUCGGAUUGCUUGUCUGGCUGGUGCUGAGUGAAAGGAAAGCAGUUACAACCGCUUAA